AUGCUUGGUUUGCCCUACGGCAUGAUGGACGGCAAGAGCGACUUUUAUGCGCAUUCGGCAAGGCGAUUCGAAACAUCAGGUCACCGGCGCGCUCGACACGCGUUACGGCGAUGGAGGGUGCUGAUUUGGACGGCCCUUUGUGCGGGAAUACUGUUCUUGAUCAAUGGAGUACCCUUGUCCAGCAACUUUACAUUAUCGACGGAUUUGACGGCGGAGAGGGUUUUAUAUGAGGGACUGCAGCAGUGCUACGAAACUGUGAACCAUCCGAAGGGAGAAACGGCCCCGUCUGCGGACAGACACAAUCCACGAUGGAAUGCAGUCAGUGGUCAAAAGACACCCAUUGCAAUCCAGAAUGCGACUCUCUUCGACGGUGAGACGACUCUUCCAUACUCCGUCGACAUCGUAUUCGACGCUGGAGUCGUCCGCUCUGUUACCCCUACCAACAGCAACAACUCCCUGCCCGAGGAUGCUGAGAUCAUAAACGUGCAUGGAAAGCACGUAACUCCCGGGCUAGUCGACCUACACUCUCACCACGCCCUCCUCCCCUUCCCAUCUCUCAGCGCAACAAGCGAUGCAAAUGAGCGCCCGCUCCUAGGACCCAUUACACCCUUCGUGCGGGCCACAGACGGAUUCACGCCCUCCGACCCAGCAAUUAAGCUCAUUGCGUCCGGCGGCGUGACGUCCUCGCUCGUCCUACCGGGCUCAGCGAACAUCGUCGGCGGCCAGGCGUAUCCAGUCAAAAACCUUCCUUACCCCGGCGCAGCCGCCGAACCAGUCAUUGACGAGUUAUUACUGGAAGACGGAAUUCAGGAAUCUCAGCGCCAGCGAUAUCUCAAGAUGGCGUGCGGUGAAAAUCCGCGACGGGUGUAUGGGCAUACGAGAAUGGGUCUUGCGUGGCUGCUAAGAAAGGAACUGAACAAGGCAAAGGAGCUACUUGAGAAGCAAGAGGCUUGGUGCGCAGCGGCGUCGAAACUACAAGGUGAAGGCAGUGAGUUCAGGUUCAGGCUGAGGCAAAGAGAUCAAGUAUCAGCUUUCGUUGAACGUGAAGGGCCACGGCCGGAUUCCUUCGACUUGGAGACGUUCCUUGCGCUUUUGAGGGGUGAGAUCAAUCUCAAUGUCCACUGCUACACGCCUGAAGAUUUGGAGACGAUGCUUUCUGUCCUGCAUGAGUUUGGGGUCCAUCCGAGGGCGUUCCAUCAUGCCUUGGAGGCGUGGCAGGUGCCGGAGCUAUUGAAGAGGUUGGAGCCUAAUGUCACUAUUGCCACAUUUGCUGACAGCGCGCUGUACAAGGCUGAAGCAUACGAUGCUAGCCUUCAAGCGCCGAAGAUACUCCAUGAGCAUGGAGUCAGGGUUGCGCUGAAAUCAGAUCACACCGGCGAAAGCGACUACGCGAAAUACCUCCUUGACCAAGCAUCAGUCGCACACUCCUACGGCCUACUGACUGACGCAGCCCUGCAAUCCGUAACAUCAAUCCCAGCUGAAUCUAUGCAGCAAGGCCACCGGAUCGGGUACAUGCGUUUAGGCUACGAUGCCGAUCUCGUCAUUUGGGAUAGUCAUCCGCUUCAGGUUGGCGCGACGGCUGUGGAAGUUUUCAUCGAUGGAAGGCCCCUGCUGAGGAAAGAUUUAAAGGAAAUUUCCAAGCAGCUUGAGCCUACAUACCGCGAACCUCAGGGCUCCUUGGACAUUAGACAACAAGCACCCGCUACCCGUCCGCUCAUGAAAGCCGAGGAGAGAGGCGAAGUCUGCAAACGCAUCCAGGAAGGAGCGGCGAAGGGAACAGUAGUCUUCACCGGUAUCAAGGAAGCCCUACUCGAUGUCCCAGGUCUUGACCCCAACAACGAGCACUCAGAGCUUGUUCUUGUCCUUGAAGCCAACAAGGUCCCCUGUCUCGGUUCAAAGUUAACCUGCCUCUCACAGUCCAAUCUGCAAAGUUCAAACAACGACACCGAGAUCCCACUGCAAAACGGAUACAUAACGCCCGGCCUCAUCGCCUUCGGCAAUAACCUAGGUAUCCAGGAUAUCCCCUCUGAACCAUCAACUGGAGACGGCACGUCAAAAUCUGGAAUUGAGGCUGUACACUUCGCGAAAUACGGCGUCCACCUACACGGUAAAGGCAAAGCAUUUGGUCGCGCACGCAUUGGCGGCGCCACAAAGGCAGUUACGCCGCCGCAUGGAAGUGGUGUGCUGCAGGGUGUUAGUGUGGGGAUACGGACAGGGCCGGGGGAGACGCUUUUGGACGGCGGCGUCUGGAGGGAUGAGGUUGCACUGCACUUUAGUAUUGGGCAGGGUGCUAAAGUGGGUUCUGGGAUCGAGACAAUCCGCCGCGUCCUGGAACAGGGAAACAAGGGUGAAGGAGAUGAUGUUUUCAUUCGAGCCGCGAAUGAAUCUCUCCCUGUGGUUGUGCAGGCUUAUAAUCCGGACGACAUCGCCCAACUCAUCCUGAUCAAACGUGACUUCCCGCGCGUGAACCUGGUCAUCUACGGUGGCCACGGCGCGGCACUGCUCGCGAAACCCCUCGCCGACGCCGACAUCCCCGUAAUUCUAACCGGCAACCGCGGUGCACCAGAUACAUGGGAGAAGAAAGACACACUACCAGGCCCACCACUGUCCGAUAGUCCGGCGAAGAUACUACUCGACGCUGGUGUGCUACUCGGACUCGCAGCGAAGGACGAUUCGAAGAUUCAUGGUCUUGCACGGGAAGCUAGAUGGGCGGGGAAGUUUGCUGGACUUGACGAUACAGAGGCUAUUAGGCUUGUUUCGACGAAUUUUGACGAGAUCUUGGGUUUAAGCUCCAAAGCCGAGGGUGAUGGAGAAGGGUAUAAAGGGGACUUUGUGCUUUGGGAGGGGAAUCCACUUAGUGGGGAGGGCAGUGUUGUCAUUUCUGUGAAGGAAGAUGGGAGUAUCAGUGAUUGCUGGCCGGAGGUUGAUUAG